GCAUGCGAUAUUUCAAUCAAAUACUAUAAUAUACGUGGCGCAUAAACUAUAACUUUUCAUAGAAAUAUUUUAUGCGAUAUUUCUCCAGAAUAAGAUCCCAAGCGGAUACAGGUAUAACGAGGAUUUUGUCGAGUACGUUGAUUGGCUGGGAUCAAUUCUCUCUCUCUCAACUUUCUCAUCCUGUUUUAAACUGUCGACUUCACUCUACAAACGAAAUACGUUAAUUUGCACAUAUACAUCAUUAUAGACAGUACAUUUGAGUUAUAUACGUGAAAUAAUUUAUUUGUUAUAUUUAUAACAUUAUACACAAGACAUUUCACCCCGAUAGAAUGAGCAAGAGACUAAAAUUGAACUCGUUCGCGGCAGCGAGAACUUUGCGUUCCGGGAAAACGCUUAUUACUGUGAAAUCCUCAGGAGAAACAUCCCCUUAUUUUGCCGAUAAACAAUUAAUAUCGACACAAACAGGUGCAAAGAAACGAGUACCGAUCAAGAUCGAGUACGAGGCGGAGGAUAAAGUUAGCGUUAAAAAUACUGUACCUACGAUAUCAACCGUUUGUGUAAAGAGCGAAAUUGCAGAAGAAUCGGCCAAUGUAGAUACUGUCAAAACUGAAAAACUCGAGACAAAAAAUAAGGACACAGGACAAUCAGAGAAUGUAACAGAUAUCAAACUCGAGAAAAGUGAAAUUGUCGAAUAUAGGGCAAAUUCAGAACAUAUAAAAAAUGAACAACAAAGUCAGUGGAUGCCACCAAACUGGGAGAUUAUUUUGGAGAAUAUUCGAGAGAUGAGAAAACAUAACACAGCACCAGUUGAUGAGAUGGGUUGCCACAAGUGUGCAGACCCUGAUGCCAGUCCAACAGUAUCCAGGUAUCAGUCAUUAAUAGCGCUGAUGCUGAGCAGUCAAACAAAGGAUCAAGUCACACACGCUGCCAUGAAACGUCUGAACACUUACGGUUGCAAGCCAGAUAUAAUAACGCAAACUCCUGAUGAUGUUCUGGGCAAACUUAUAUAUCCAGUUAGCUUCUGGAAGAGGAAGGUAGAUUACAUCAAAAGGACAUCAGUCAUCCUCCUAGACAAAUAUAAUGGGGAUAUUCCUAAAACUAUAAAGGAACUGUGUGAUUUGCCAGGGGUAGGCCCUAAAAUGGCUCACAUAUGCAUGCAGAUCGCUUGGGGAGAAGUGUCUGGCAUUGGUGUAGAUACACAUGUUCAUAGGAUUAGCAACAGGCUAGGAUGGGUGAGGAAGGAGACUAAGUCACCAGAGAAAACUAGAAGCGAGUUGGAGGAUUGGCUUCCCAAGUCUCUGUGGAGUGAAGUCAAUCACCUUCUUGUGGGAUUCGGCCAGAAGAUUUGUCUACCUCGAUUUCCCAAAUGUGCUGAAUGCCUCAACAAAAAUAUCUGUCCAUAUGGCAAAAAGAUUGGAAAGGUAACAAAGUGAUAAUACAUUUACAUGUUCAACAUAUGUUCCUUGUAAAAUAUAUUUAUCCAUGAUUAAUUUGCAAAUAA